CACGGGACGGCUAGUGUUCUUUUGAAGAGAACAACUUUGAGAAGGUCGUGAGCUUGGACUUUGUUUGCAGAAACGCAACAGAAGCGCAGACAAAGCUGCAGCGUUGGCCAAAGAGUUUUCUGCGUGAGACACACACACACACACACACACACACACUCCCCAACAUCUGGCCCGCUGGAGGACGGGGCGAGCCGCGCAGAGAAACUUUGGAGGCGGAGAGAAAAGUAUCUCAUCUCCGCUGAAGAGAAAAAAGAAUAUGCAUUGAAUUGUGAAAUCGGGGGCCACCCGGACGAGCCGGAGAGAGUCGUGGCGCAGGGACGGAGGACGGAGACGGGUCCGAGCGCAGCGGGCGGAGAAUGAAUUAGCCCAAAGGUCUCGGCUGCCCACAGUCCCAGCCAGACAGAAGCGGAGAGACAGAGAAGGAAAGUGUCGUCCUCCUCCUCGCUCCGAGCAUGCAGGGACUCGCUCGGGGAGAGCAGGGCGCAGAGCUGCACUGGAGGUGAACACGCUGCCAGGUCGUGGCUGUGGUCAGAGGCUCCGCGGCUCCGCGGCUCCCAGUGUCGAGGGGUGCCUUCGAAAAGGUCGGGGCAGAGCGCUCAUUCAAUCUGGAGGGGGUUUGGCACAGUCUCUGGAGUGCGCGUCCUCACUUUCCCUGGGACCUCAUCUCACUUUUCACCGUUUCAGAAGUAGUGAGCCGUAAGACCCACUGCAGUUGUUGAAGGGCGACGACAUUUGAACCCAGGCGAACUCAGGCUCACCCCUUGGCCCCUCCACCUCCUGCCACAAGAGCCCGGCCUAGGUCCAUGGAUGAGGAGAGGAGUGCCCCUGACAUCGCCCCAGAGCCACCGGAUGAUGGGGACCCCAGUCUUCCAGUUCAACAACCGGGUUCAUGCACAACCUCCACCACAGAGAGAGCAAACAGCUGCCCAAAGCCAAAGCCAUUUCCUAGUGAAGAUGUGGCCCACACCUAUACUGAGCCCCUCAUAUUGAGGUCCAAUGGCACCCCAGAAAGGUUGCUAGGCAAUGACGGAGACAAUUGUAACAGCAACAACUCACACUCGGAGCUUGGAACACCCAGCAAGAGUAUCACAUCUCAACCAGCAGCCAGAUCCACGCCCAUCCAGCCUUGUCGGACGCAGCCCGGCAGCCAUCUACGAAACGGAACCAAGCAGCACUCACACACACACUCCCCUCACACACACUGUCCGCAUCACACGAACACGCCGCACACGCACGGACUCCACUCCAACGGAGUCAAGAACGGGGGCCCUCAUGCGCACCCGAAGCUCGGCUCCCUCCCGAGAGGUGGCUCGUCCACCUCCUCUUCCUCGUCAGCAGGACCGAAACACACCAAGAAGUUGCAGUCCAACCCCUCCAUCACCUCCCAGAGCAGCAAGAGGAGCAAGAGCAGCUCCAAGAGCAACAGCUCCCAGAUCCCCACGGAGGCACAGGAUGACUGCUGUGUUCAUUGCAUUCUGGCGUGCCUCUUCUGUGAGUUCCUAACGCUGUGUAACAUCAUGCUGGACUGUGCCACCUGCGGCUCCUGUGCAGGCGAUGACGCGUGUUUCUGCUGUUGCUGCGCGUCGGAGGAGUGCGGCGACUGUGACCUGCCCUGUGACAUGGACUGUGGCAUCAUCGACGCCUGCUGUGAGUCUGCAGACUGCCUGGAGAUCUGCAUGGAGUGCUGUAGCCUUUGCUUCUCCUCCUGAGGACACUGUCACCACCACGGGGGGCAAAGGACAUGCUGGCUACUUACUCCCACAAUCCCAGGAACAAUGUUAAGCAGCGUCUUACCAGAGCUGAAAAAGCGUUACACCCACCCACUGUUGCUUGGGAUCUGUGGUUCACACUAUAUUGGCUGGCCUAUUUGGCUCCACGAUGUGUCCAAUGCUUCUUACAGGGUUUGCCAAGCAAAAGAUGUGACCUAUUGCUCACAGCAGUCGCUGGUGAACUCUUCCUUCCCUCAUUGAUCAAACGAUGGGACGGUAACUUCCCCUUCUUCGUCUUUGCUGGGUGUAUGUGCAGAGUGAAUUCCAGCUGUGGUCCGUGCGAGUCAACCAGGCUGUGCAGCGUCCGGACCCUCAUAGAACAAGCUAUUAUUACAAUGGAGCCCCUUGUGCCAUCUGAUUGACUGGAGUUCUCUAAGCAUGAAAAAUGACCUUGAAAUGAGAAAAUGGCUCCAUUUAACUGGAUUUUAAUGUUUCUACAGAUAAGAGCAGCAGCAUAAUGGGAAAAUGGAUGCUCAGAUCUCGGAAGAAAUGUAGUCUGUCCUCCUGUCCUUGGCAAGGUUAAAGUCCUUCAGUUCGACCGCGCACAGUGGUCUUUGCGACUCAAAGUCCAAGUGGCUGAUGUUGAAUUUGCCGCUGUCUUCAUCAUUGUUGCUAUAAACAAAAUGGAGGAAACAUUAAUGGUGGCUUGUGGCAAUAUUACAGACAAUCUCUUUUGUUAAUACGCAUCUCACUUAAGUGACUUUAGAGAAGCAUCAUGAGAGAAUCAUGAGAUGGGUCCCAUGAAACGAGUGCUGUAAGUGACGGACACCACAGAGCGAAUGGUUGAUAGCAUCUGCGGUGGACGUAUUCUCUGCUUAAACAUGUGAAGGGAGAGAGCUCUUAAUCGAAAGUCUCUCCUCGUUUAAUGUUUCACAUCUUGUUUACUUUUACAUUUUUUUGAGGGGCUUUGACUGUAUUCAGUGAAUUCUUCCUCGUCUGAUUGGUCAGAACUGGUAAAGGACUGGUAGAGGAUUGGAAGGCAUCAUCUUCUUUUUUAAUACAUUUCAUUUUCUUUUGUCAUUCUUGCUAUGUGAACAAAUGGCCUUGGCUUAGCCGAAGGCCUGAAUUUUCAAGUAGAUUCCUCGCCUUUACCAAAUCUCUAUUAAUCCUUGUUUUGUAGAUUUUAGUUAAGAUAUUUGCAUUUCUCCUCUAAUGUGAAAAUCACAUUUCUGUGUUAUCGGGUUUUGCCGGGCUCUCUGUAAAGCAGACAUUGCUCAACAUCUAAUUUAAUUCCUUGAGUGAAAAUCUCACAGCAUUAUGCUAAGUUAGAUCCAUAUGCUCCUAGUAUGAAUGGUACACUUUUGAUAACAGGACCCGCACUUUCAUAUGCUCAGACGCAUUCCUUCUCCAACCCAAUACCUCUUGAGAUGUCACCUAGAUCUGUUGUGCAUUUUAAAAUGACUUGAUACAAAUCUUUCUCCUCUCUGAUCAAAUACUGUUUGUGCAAUCAUUUUUUCUUCUUCUUGGAAAUACCAAAGAGUUUUCCUCUUACUGGACCUUAGUUUCUAGACCUAUAAUUACUUGUACAUAGAAGGGUUUUUUCUGUGCUAAUAUGGCUGCAGUUGAUUAAACCCUAUUUUAAGGGCUGAAAUCUAACACUGUUGAUGAUAAUACACUAUGGCUGUAAUUAACCUGAUAACACAGAAGCAGAAUAUGCAAGUUUGGGGAAUUCAGCUAAUGCAUUGAGAAGAUAAUAUGACUCCUCACGUCUGUUAAUAUCAGAUUGGAUAUGUUUCAUAUUUUGGGACAUGUUUUAACUCAGCUGAGACCAAAAUCCUGGAAAAGCCCUGGAAAACAAUGCAAUGUUUUACAGUACAGAGAGAUUUAUGAUGGGUGAACUGGAUUUUAUGUACAGAAAUUACGACGACGUCACUUUGUUUGAGUUACAAGAUAUUCCAAGUUAUUUUCUGAUGGUGCUUCAUCCAGGGACAGGCCUUCUGUCACCAGACCAACCACAAAAAGAUGAGGAGUACGUGUAGAUGAGAAAGGUUAACCCAUCUGAGUUUGCUUGCUUAACAACACUUGACUCCCUUAACAACACUAGUUUGUUGAAUCAUUACAAAUUAUUAAAUCAGUUCCACUGGGAUACAGUUUGCACUCGUCCAUACUGCAGCUACAAAGCCGAGCUAAUUUUAGCAUCACUAGUCUCCUCUGUUGACAAUGGUACGGCUACUCUGCCUGUUAGCCGGCAGUGUUAAAACAAAUAGUUUCUGGUUCAUUUUACAAUAGUUUCAUUGUUUUUAACCCAACCCGAUUGACAAUUGACAUUGGUACCACUCGGUUGCAGCUUCUCACUGGGCCCACACACUCCAGUCCAAUAAGCUUUGAGACCUUCAACAUCCAGUUUUCAUAAAGAAAAGUCUCAAUGACGGGAUUAUCUGAGGUCUCAAAUCUUGGUUUCUAUUAUACUGAAUUGAUUUUGUUUUGCUGAAUCUUUUGGUGUAGCAAGACAAAAAGUAAACAAAACCUAACUGUAAUAGAAAGCAUAGCUUUGCAUCUCUAUUUUUUUAAAUUAGUAGCUCAUUUAAGCAAGUCCAAUUACGUUCCUUUUUUCCAUAAAUAGCUAUAGGACCGUUACUUUUGAAGAGGUAAAAACUCCCCUUUCGGACUGUGAAGUGCAUUGAGAAUGUUUCUUCAGAGUGGUAAGCCUGUCAAUGUCUGAUUCGAAAAACAUUGAACUCCUCGUUCAAAUUUAAUUUAAUGCUGUCGGAAUAAUUUUUUUUCUAUGACUUAGUCGUUAAAUACUACUUCAUGUGUAUACUGAGAAGAGCUUCACAACUGGUGGAGAACGGAGGCAGACGGGAGGCAUUGAAAACACUGAUUGGUUGGUCUGGAGAUGGAGGAAGCUCUCUAGACAUAGAAUGUCCCCGGAUGAACACUGGUCUUGCACUUAGAUCAUUCUCUGGAUUUGAGAGAUGAUUUGGAGAUUUGGAUAUGAUGUUGUGUCUGUAACAGGCCAUCAUCUCAUGUCCACAUAUGUCCCUUGUAUUCAGUCAAGCUAUCUCAGUAAUACUGGAAGAAAACACAGGUUUACUUUCAAUGAUUCCCCACACUCAGUAUUAUCAGUAUUUUUGUUAGAAUAACCUUGACAGCAGAAAUUUCUAAUUGUUGACUUUUAUAGAUUUUUUUUACAAUUUUUUUUCCCAGAAUCUUAUCACGAGAUGAAACUUGGGUAUUGAUUUAAAGGACUGGCCACAUCUGCCAGUAGUCUGAAAGUUAUCGUAGCCCAGCUGAAUUGUUACUAGACUGUAGUCCACUAUAAUGUCAUUUUGUUUACACUACCCCAUGUAAUGUUAAUCUGAAUUGCAAUCCUGGAAGUCACAUUAAAAAAUCUCUUUGUUUAAUACUGAAUAAACAAUGUGAACUCCA